AAAGCUAGAAGGAGAGAAAAAAAGGUUUAAAUUUCUUGAAAGGCUUCCUUAAUCAAUGGGAGAGGAAGUGGUUUUGAGAGGCCAAAUAGGGCCUUUUUGGGAGCAAAGCACACCCCCUGUGAUAGCCCCUUUGUUGAAGCUUUGUGUGGGAGGUUGUCUGGCCAUGUCCCUAAUGCUCUUCUUUGAAAGGCUUUAUAUGGGUAUUGUCAUUCUCUUUCUAAAGCUCUUUGCAAGAAACCCUCACAACACUUACAAGUGGGAGCCCAUUCAAGAUGAUCUUGAGCUUACCCAUUUUGUUUAUCCCAUGGUUUUGGUCCAAAUUCCAAUGUACAAUGAAAGAGAGGUUUAUCAAUUAUCUAUUGGGGCAGCAUGUGGACUUUCAUGGCCAUCUGAUAGGAUCAUCAUUCAAGUUCUUGAUGAUUCUACAGAUCCUUCUAUCAAGGUUUGGACAUUUCCAGUGUUUUGUGGAUUUUUGAUGUGGGUUUGUGAUAAUUUGGACAAAAAAAAUCAUCAGGAUCAGGUGGAAUUAGAGUGCAAAAGAUGGGCAAGCAAAGGUAUAAACAUAAAGUACGAGAUCAGAGACAGCAGAAAUGGGUACAAAGCAGGGGCUCUUAAAGAGGGAAUGAAGCAUAAUUACGUUAAGCUCUGCGAUUACGUCGCCAUUUUUGACGCCGAUUUCCAACCAGAGCCUGAUUUUCUUUGGCGUACCAUUCCAUUUCUUACGAACAAUCCUGAGAUUGCUCUUGUUCAAGCUCGCUGGAAGUUUGUGAACUCAGAUGCAUGUUUAAUGACAAGAAUGCAAGAGAUGUCAUUGGAUUAUCAUUUCACAGUGGAGCAAGAGGUGGGGUCUGCAACUUAUGGCUUCUUUGGGUUCAAUGGCACAGCAGGUGUUUGGAGAAUUGCUGCACUGAAGGAGGCUGGAGGAUGGAAGGAUCGAACCACUGUAGAAGAUAUGGAUUUGGCUGUUCGAGCUAGCCUAAAAGGCUGGAAGUUUGUCUAUGUUGGAGACCUCAAGGUGAAGAAUGAAUUGCCUAGUACCUUCAAAGCUUACCGAUAUCAGCAACACCGAUGGUCUUGUGGCCCGGCGAACCUCUUCAAAAAGAUGGUUGUUGAAAUCAUGAGGAACAAGAAAGUCUCCCUGUGGAAAAAGCUUUACCUGAUCUACAGCUUCUUCUUUGUUCGGAAGAUCGUCGCCCAUAUUGUCACGUUUGUAUUUUAUUGUGUUGUUUUGCCAGCUACGGUCUUGGUUCCUGAAGUAUCGGUACCGAAAUGGGGUGCCGUUUACAUUCCUUCUAUGAUCACCCUCCUAAAUGCAGUUGGAACUCCAAGAUCAUUCCACCUGAUCUUUUUCUGGAUCCUUUUCGAGAAUGUCAUGUCGCUGCACCGAACAAAGGCAACAUUCAUUGGUUUGUUGGAAGCAGGGAGAGUAAAUGAAUGGGUCGUCACCGAGAAAUUGGGAGAUGCACUAAAGACUAAACUAGGCUCCAAAGCUCCCUGGAAACCUCGGUUUAGAUUUGGAGAAAGACUCCAUCUGCUUGAGCUUUGUGUUGGAGCCUAUCUCUUCUUCUGCGGCUGCUAUGAUCUCAACUUCGGGAAGAACCGAUACUUCAUCUACCUCUUCCUUCAAUCAUUCGCUUUCUUCAUCGCCGGGGUCGGUUACAUCGGAACUCUGGUUCCCAACUCUUAGCAGAUUCAUAAGCUCAACCCCGCUCAAUUAUUUAUACCACCCAUUGCCUCCCUAUGUGCUGCAAAAAGAAAAACGGUGGAAUGAAGAAUCAUCUAGGGAAGCUUUUCCCUUUCUUUUAACUUAUUAUAUACAUAUUUUUUGGGGAGAGAGCUUUACUUGUUUCAGUUUGGUACAACAAAAGAUUGUUCUUUUUGAAGGAGUGUUCAUUGAAAGUUGUUGUGUUGAUCAUGUAUGGUUGUGAAAAUAGAAAGAUGAAGAACAAACAAUAAGAGGUUACUGCAAGAAGUCUGUUGUAUACAGUUUGAAUUGAUACCAGAAAAUGAAAAGGGAAACAAAACUAAGAAUCAAUCUUCCACCUUCGAUCAAAUGAAAUCAAUGGCGUUUGAUGAGAAUA